UUUUGGCUUGGUUUUUUGCGUCCUACGGUGGCCUGCGUCCACCGUCGAGCUCAAGAUUCUCGUCAGAGCGCAGGCAGUAGUCCCGCUACGCGCCACGAAGCGGAGCCCGCGAGAAACCGCCCUCCACACAGUUUUUUGCCGCAAGCAUCGUUACCUGGUCAAUAACAACCACAAGAAACCGCGCCGAAGCUACAAUGGCCACGAACGAAAGCGAUGCCCUCGUCGCCGCCUGGUGCGCGGCGCUCCCGUACCCGGCCGAGGACCUGGUCGGCACCGCCAACGACGCGUGGGCGGUGCCGCAGACGAGCCAGACGGCGCUCGGCGCUAGUGUUGCUGCGAGCCUCUCAGCUCUAAGCGCCGACGCGGCCAAGGCGGCGCUGCCGCCGUGGCUUGACGCGAGCCUGGCCGCGGCGGCGACGACGUACUGCGUCGACGCGGCGGCGGCCCUGGACGGUGUCUACCGCGCGCGCGAGGCGGCGUUGCACGCGCGGCGCGAGUUGGAGGCCGCCGCGACGGAGGCGGCCGCCACGCGCACGAACGGCGAACCCGAAACGGGUCGAGGGCUGGCGGCCGAGGCGCUGGCGCGGGCGGACGCCGCGCGGGCCGCGGCCCGGGCCGUGGAAUUAAGUGUGGAGGCGUGCUGCGGGACGCUGGCCGCACUCGCGAAGGAAGAGGACGCGUCGCUCGGCGAGGCCCCGCGGCGCUUCGCGCGCGCGGCGCGCGCGGCCGUCGAGGCGAUCGCCGUGCGAGCCAACGACCGGGCCGCCGCGUGCCUGAAGGACGCGUCCGUGCUCGAGGGCCUCGUCGACCGCGCGCCCGCCGAGGCCCCCGAGAGCCUCGACAAGUGGGCGCUCGACGAGGAAGAGAAGCGCCGCGACGCGCGGGCCGUGCGGGCGGCGCGGGCGGCGCGGCGCGCCGCCCUGCAGCGCGAGGCGGCCGACGCGCGCGCGGUGAUCGACGCGCGCUGCCACGACGCGCUGGCGCGGCGCGACCGGCCCGCGUACCUCGAGGCGGCGGCGGCCCUGGCGGCGUGCGACGCGGCAUCGGCGGACGCGGACCUGGCCGAGUGUCGCACGGUCGCGGCCGUCGCGGCGACGGAAUCUAAGGACGCGCGCGGCGCGGCGGACGCGGGCGCGGCCGCUGACGAGCAGCGCCUCGACACGGCGGCGCAGGCGGCGGCCAAGGUGCUCAGUGAGGGCGGCCGGCUGACGCUCCUUAAGAAAACGGCCAAGGUCCUGCGCGCGAGCUCCGGGCUGACGGAGCGCCUCGGCCGCCUGGCCUCGGUCGUCGCGCAGGGCGUCUGCGAGGCGCUGAACGCCGCCCGGAAGGACCACCUCGCCCUGAACGACGCCGCGGACGCCAUGACCGCGGUGCUGGCGGCGCACGCGGUCGGCGCCUUCGACCCGCGGGACCGGCGGGUCGAGGCCCAGCGGGCCCAGCAGGCGCUCGAGGCCGCCAUCGCGGGCGUCGCCGCGGCGCAAGGAACGGAGCGAGACGCCGCCGCGGCGCGCCUGAGCGAGGCCAAGGCCGCCUUCCAGGCAAAGCGCGGCGCGGACCUGGCCGCGGCGGACGCGGUGCUCGGCGUCGAGGCGCGCGACACGCGCGCCGGCGCCUGGCCGCCGGCGCCGCCGGAGACGGACGGGGACGCGCUGCUGCUGCGCUGCCGCGCGGACGCGCUCACGAACGCGGCGCACGCCGUCCGGACGGCGGACCCGGCCGCCGCGGACUGCGCGGACCGCCGGCAGAAGCUCGACGCGGCGCUCCAGCGGCACGCGCUCGUCGUGGGCGACGCCGACCCGCCGACGGUGGACGUGGCGUACCACUGCGCCCUCGACCUGCUCGUGCGGGGCCGCGCCGUCGAGCCGCCCCUCGCCGCGCCGCAAGAAGAACCGACCGCACCGGCGCCGAAGCACCUGGAGCCCACGAGGGCGGCGGCGGCGGCGCUCGGCGACGCGACCAACGUCGUGCACUGA